AUGGCGGUGGCGGAGCUGUGGGAGACGCUGAAGCAGGCGAUCGUCGCGUACACGGGGCUGUCGCCGGCGGCCUUCUUCACGGCUGUCGCGGUGGCGGCCGCGCUGUACCACGUCGUGUCGGGGCUCUUCGCGGCCCCGCCCCCGCCGCCGCCGCGCCCGCGGGAGGAGCCCGAGGCGGAGCCGCUCCCGCCCCCCGUGCAGAUGGGGGAGGUCUCCGAGGAGGAGCUCCGCCAGUACGACGGCUCCGACCCUAAGAAGCCGCUCCUCAUGGCCAUCAAGGGCCAGAUCUACGACGUCACCCAGAGCAGGAUGUUCUAUGGACCUGGCGGAGCAUAUGCGUUAUUUGCUGGUAAAGAUGCCAGUAGGGCAUUGGCCAAAAUGUCCUUUGAACCACAGGAUCUGAACGGUGAUAUAUCUGGCCUAACGCCAAUGGAGCUUGGUUCCUUGAAUGACUGGGAGUACAAGUUCACCAGCAAGUAUGUGAAGGUAGGAACCAUAAGAAGAGCAGCGCCUGCUGAAGAGGUUUAUGGCAGCAUUUCGCCUGAAAUAAGGGAAGAAGUUACUGUGCCUGUGGUUGAGGCUGAGCGUGAGCCUGAGCCCAAGCCGCAUGAUGACGAUACACCAUGA